CGUAGUAGCACACGCAUGCUCAGAGGGUGCUUUGAAAUAGUGGCAUGUGGAUGUUUGUAGCUUAACACACGUGUAUUCAUCGGCUACAACUAGCUGUACCAGCCUAUGAUUGUAUGAUCUUGUAACACUCAACAUGGCAAAGACAGACGCUACAAGACGUAGUAAACGACAAAGCAAAGUUGUCACCAAAGAAGUUGGAGAAGAGGAGUGCAGUGUUAACACUGAAGGACAGACUGAGACUGUAAUUUCAAGUGAACAAAUAGUCCGGACAGAGGAGAACGCUCCCACUGAGAGCCCAGUGAUGAAACAGGAGCAGAAGGACCAAGAUGAACAAGAUUCUCAGAUGGAUGCUGUCAUUGAAGUAAAGGGAAGCACACCCACUAUAACUGUAUCCUGGGAGAACAAGAGUGAAAGAGAGGCUGGUGAUUUGGAAAGGAGAACCAAUCCAAGUGAUCAGAUGACUGACAAAGAAAUGACUAGUCACGACGAACAGACUCAUGCAGUCUCUUCAGCUGAUGCAAUAGGCUGCACAGACGACGCACCCUGUGAGAGUUCUGAGACAAAGAUGCUGCAAGAGAUGGAGGACACCAAAGAGGAACAAGAAUCUCGAAUGGACACAGCCACCGAAGAAAAUGAAAAUUCCCCCUCAGUAACUUUAACUUGGGCAAAGAAGAAUGAGGAAGGGCAGAAUGGACAUAUUAAACAGGAAACCAACAGAAGUGAACAGACGGAUGUUAAAAAGAAAGCAGCAAAUGGGAAACGGAAGGCACUCUCCAACGCUGACACUUCCCCUUCAAAGAAAACUAAAGUCAUCAAUGAUGGUUUUUGUCUUUUUGUUGGCAACCUGAACAACUCUAAAACAUUUGACGAGGUCAAAGAUUCAUUAGCAAAUUACUUCAUGACACAAAGUGUCCUGGUUCAAGACAUCAGAUUAGACCAUUCCAGAAAACAUGCACAUGUAGAUUUGGCCUCAGAGAUGGACUUGACCAAAGCCUUGACGAUGAAUGGAGAGAUGAUCCUCGGUAAUCCAGUCAAGAUCGCUAAAGCAAAGGUCAGAAGUGAGGACAAGGUGAAGGUGAAAGUUCCAGAGGCGGACAAAAAAGCAGCCAAAAAUGCCAGAUGUUUGUUUCUGAAGAACGUCCCAUACACCGCGACAAAAAAAGACAUUCUGAACAUCUUCCACAAGGCGAUCGAUGUCAGGUUUCCUGGUGGGACUGAAGGUCCAAGCCAAGGUAUUGCCUUUGUGGAGUUUAAAAAUAAAAGCAUCAUUAAGAAAAUACUCCAGAGAAAACAAAAAGUCAAAAUCAACGGCCGGGUUUUAAUUGUCGACAGUGUAGGAGAAACAAAUGUGCCUAAAGUCACCAAAGCUAAAGCUAAUAACAAAGACGGCAACACAAAAGCUCCUCCGAACAACAUCUUAUUUGUGAGCAAUCUGUCUUACAACGUGAGAGAAAAAAAACUCCACAAAGUCUUUCAGAAAGCUGUUAACAUCAAAAUGCCUGAAAACAAAGGCAAAUCAAAAGGAUAUGCGUUUGUCGAGUUUGCAACUGUGGCAGAUGCUGAAAAGGCCUUGAAGGCAUCCCAAAACAUGAAGAUCAGCAAGAGGCUGAUCAGAGUAGAGUUCUUUGAAAGGAGAGCAAAGCCAGUGGUAAAAGUCCUAUUAAAAACACUGAUCGUAAAGGGUCUCACUGAGAAGACGACUGCAGAGACUCUUAAAAGUGCCUUUGAAGGAGCUGUCAGUGCAAGAGUCACUGUAGAUAAAGAGACAGGAGUUUCAAAGAGGUUUGGUUUUGUGGAGUUUGAGAGUGAAGAAAAUUGUAAAGCUGUCAAAGAGGCCAUGGAGGACUGUGAGAUAGAUGGCAGCAAAGUGACUGUGGAUUUUGCUAAAUUAAAAAGUAAAAAAGGUCACCAAGGUGUCAGAGGAAGCUUGGCGGGACGUCCUGCUGGUCAGCCUGCAGGUCAGGGGGCUGGCAGAAGAGGGCAAAGAGGCAGAGGUGGAAACAUUAAAGGUGGAAGAGUCAGCAAAGGAGGUAAAGGAGGUGCAGCUGGAACACCACAGGAUGCUGUUAAAGAAGUGGAAAAUACAGGCUAAAACAUGUACAUGUAUGAGCUCAAAACUCUUUUGAGUUUGGUUGAAUGUUGACUGUGCAAGGGUGUGAAAUUGUACAGCAUUGUUAGUCUUACUAGUCUGUAGGACGCGUCUCAUCUUGUAAUUUCAUAUUUUGUACUCUAAAUAAUUAUUAUGAAAAGGUAAGAAAGAGCCCUGACAUGUUUUAACAUUACAAAGGUUUGUUAUAUGAACAGAUGAUUAAGAUUGAAUCCUUGUGGAAUUUUUUAAUGUGAAGAUAAAAUCAUUUUAAAAGCA